AAAUAUCGUCGUUUCUCCCUUCGAACCCGUUGUUCGACCAGUGCCUCGGGCAUCGGUGCCAUCGGCUGUUCCGAUGAUCUGUCUUGUUCUGAAGAAGCCGCUAGCGAUGACAUCGGAGCAACUAGCGCAAGUACAGGCAUUCGAGCCCCCACCCUGUGUCCUAGCUCGCAGGCCUGUUCAACCAGCUCAGUCAGCCCUCAUAUUCUUAGUCUUAUCUCUUCUGGUUUUACAGGGCAUUUGUCUAGCGUUACAGGAAGGACUAGCCAACCGCCGCGUCCCACCUCAAACCUGCAGCAGCUGACUCCUACUCAAUUUCCAUCUUCUAUUUUCCCUCCAGGAAGUACGGCCACCCAAGAAAACUCUGUUGGAAGCUCAACUUCGAUAUCCUGCUUCUCAGGGCCUUUCCGAGCCUCUAGUAAUACUCUCUCUAAUGUAAAUCCUUGUGUUACUAGCAGUGUUGGAGGUAUCAGCAGUAGCCUGGUGGAGUCCAGGGCGUCCCGACUGAUAUCAGCUCCAUCAGACUUUCGGCAUGUUUCGCACAUGGGCCCUGAGAUUGUUAGUGGAGCCUUAAUUGAUUUGGGGCCGGGGCCGGGUGAAGCACCACUCACAGAAGCUGAAAGGCUGGUAAGAGUUAAAUCGGCUCUUGAGCAGGCAUAUUGCCGUCGCAAUAACCCCCCUGUAUCUUCCACCUCGUCGGGCACGCCGGUACCACCAUCUGUGACUCAAUUCAUCUCGCCCGGACUAGCCAAGGUUUCCGUUGGGCGACCACAGACCACCGAAAGUCCUUCAGCAACCCAAAUUACUCCGGUAUUUCUUCCUUCGUUGUCACUUGCUGCCACAACCCUCCAAUUUGCUGGCGAAUCAAGUUCAAGCUUAGUAACGAACACAAUUGCUCCUAUGCCUCAUAAUGCUUGGCAAUUCCAGAAUAGAGUAAGUGUUGUUUAG